AUGUUGAAACACAAAAGACAUACUCAUCAUGUUACAGACAAUUUUUCUUCAAAUAAAUUAAAUAAUGAUUUAAAUCCAAAAAACUCUAUUGACAAUGAAAGUAUCUAUGAAAUUCAACCAAUAGCUAGUGAAUUAUCUGCAACUACUACAAAUCCACCAUCAGCAAUAACAAUAGCUGAUUUAGAUACUGAUGAAAUGCCAAUUCGAUUUCGUAGAGAUACAAAUAAAUCAAUUGUUUUUUCUGUAUCAUGUCUUGAACAUGAAUUUCUACGAAAAUAUUCAUCUCGCGUUACACAAACAGCAUCAAUUAAUUCUGAAACAAUGCAUUUAAUAACCAAUGAUGAUAAACAUACAUUACGUUCACCAUUAUCAAUGAAAUUAAUUGAAGCUAUAGCUAAUCAUUGUUUUUGUGUUUCAUAUCGUGCAUUUGAAAUUGAAGGUGAUGAUACAGAUUAUCAGUCUCAAGGUGGUCCAAAACGUUCAUGUUCAAUUGAUAAACGUCAUUCAUUUUUUGAAAAUAUAUGUUUUAUGAUUAAAUGUACGGAAAAUAAUGAUAUUAAAAUGACAAAUGAUCGUUUACAAGAUUUAAUCACAACAGGUAAUUUACGAAUAAUAACAUGCGUGACACAAGGGAAACACAAAAGACGAACUCAUCAUGUUACAGACAAUUUUUCUUCAAAUAAAUUAAAUGAUGAUUUAAGUCCAAAAAACUCUAUUAACAAUGAAAGUAUCUAUGAAAUUCAAUCAAUAGCUAGUGAACCAUCGGCAACUACUACAAAUCCACCAUCAGCAAUAACAAUAGCUGAUUUAGAUACUGAUGAAAUGCCAAUUCGAUUUCAUGGAGAUAAACCAAUUGUUUUUUCUAUAACAUGUCUUGAACGUUAUGAAUUAGAUAGAGUUGAUGAAUUUCUACGAAAAUUUUCAUCUCGCGCUACACAAACAGCAUCAAUUAAUUAUGAAACAACGCAUUUAAUAACAAAUGAUGAUAAACAUACAUUACGUUCAUCAUUAUCAAUGAAAUUAAUUGAAGCUAUAGCUAAUCAUUGUUUUCGUGUUUCAUAUCGUUGGUUAAUUGAUUAUAUUAAAUAUGAUCGAAUUGUUGAUAAAGAUGCAUAUGAAAUUGAAGGUGAUGAUACAUAUUAUCAUUCUCAAGAUGGUCCAAAGCGUUCACGUUCAAUUGAUGAACAUCAUUCAUUUUUUGAAAAUAUAUGUUUUAUGAUUAAAUGUACGAAAAAUAAUGAUAUUAAAAUGACAAAUGAUCUUUUACAAGAUUUAAUCACAAUAGGUGAUGGGCGAAUAAUAACAUGCGUGACACAAGAGGUUUACUUGAUCAAUUUGAAAUUGUUGUUCUCUGUGAUAAAUUAUGUGCAUCAGAACGACGUCAUAAUUCUGAUCAAUGUCGUUCAUUAG